AUGAGUGAAAAUUAUAAGUCAUUUAGGGAUCUGUGUGUUACCAGAAGACAAAUUGAAAACUGUUCGUUUUCACACUGGUACCCACUUUUUAAAGCUUAUACUCCAAAGACAGAGAUAAUAAAACCCGUACCAAAAGAGUUUGUCCAAUACUUAGAACAAGAUGGUAUUAUGCUACCUUCUGAACAACACACUUCGUCAUUCUAUACAGGUCCGAUUGAGGAAAAUGAAGAAAAUGAAUAUAGUGACUGGGAAGAAGAGGAACAUAAUUCGAGUGACCUUGAUGAUUACAAUGAUGAAGAAGAUAAAAAGCCUCAGAAUCCUAAGCUAGAUCCAGUGGUAGAUUUUCCUGAAUUUCAUGAUAAACUGAAAGGUAUGUUGGAAAAAUUAGGUGCUGUUGCACCUAAGUUGAAUUGGUCUGCACCACAGGAUGCCACUUGGAUAUUACCUAAUAAUUCGAUGAAAUGUACAGAGGUGAAUGAACUUUACUUAAUAUUAAAUGCUUCAAAUUAUAUUAUGCAUGAUUUACAAUAUGCCUUUGAUGAUUGUCAAGAUAAUGAUAAUAAAAUGGAAAAUCCAACAUUUGAACUAAUUUUAAGAAAAUGGUUCGAUAUAAAUCCGGCAUUAGAAUUUAGAGUAUUUGUUAAAGAUAAACAAAUUGUCGGUGUAUCACAAAGAGACUUAAAUUAUUACGACUACCUAAAACCAUUGUCAGACACAUUUAAAGAUUUAAUAGAUGAAUUUGUGGAGGAUAUUGUGAUUCCAAAAUUCCCCGAUGAUAGUUUAGUCCUAGAUAUUUAUAUCCCAAGACCAUUUGAUAAAAUAUUUUUAAUUGAUAUUAAUCCAUUUGCUAAAAAGACCGAUCCUUUGAUGUUUUCUUGGAAUGAACUCAUAACUAAAGAACAAAAUGAAGAAAAUGAUUAUGAAUUGAGAUUAGUCCUAAAAAAUAAUACAGGUAGAUUUGCAUGUAAGGAACACUCCGAGAAUCAAGUACCAGAUGAUGUUGUACAGGCCAGUUUAGAUCCUAAUUCGAUAAGGGAGUUGGCAGAGAAAUGGAAGGAGUUAUUAGCUAUGCAAGACAAAGACGAGAAAUAG